GCGGCUCCUCACGCACUUGGCCUCGAGUGGGAAGGGAAGAGGGAAGAGCUCCGGGGCUGCUCGCAACGUUCGCUUGAAGUCGUGCUUCGGGGGGGCCGAGAACGGGGGAGGGAGCGUGCGUGCGGGAGCUGGUCUGACCCCAGGCAGCGGGCCUUGUGCUGGUGAUUCUUGGGGUUUGCACGGUGCAAGGCGCAGACUUGCUGCUGGAAGGGAGGGAAGCCGCCGAGAUUCAGCCUUCUUUCCCCCCCUCGGCUCCCUGGACACCCCCCACCCCGUCCCCAUCUGCAUCUGUAAGCCGGGACCAUUAAUGCACCCUUUCCAGUGGUGUAACGGAUGUUUCUGUGGCUUGGGGUUGAUUUACUCGAAUAAAUCGUGCACAAUGCCACCAAUAACCUUUCAGGAUCUUCCAUUGAACAUCUACAUGGUUAUAUUCGGGACUGGAAUUUUUGUCUUCGUGCUGAGUCUGAUAUUCUGCUGUUAUUUUAUCAGUAAACUCCGACACCAAGCGCACAAUGAGAAAUACGGAUACAAAGAGGUUAUAACAAGGGGUGAUGCUAAAAAGCUGAAUUUACAUGGGCAGACAUGCGCUGUGUGCCUUGAGGAUUUCAAGAUUAAAGAGGAGUUGGGAGUGUUACCAUGUCAACAUGCCUUUCACAGAAAAUGCUUGGUGAAAUGGCUGGAAAUUCGCUGUGUCUGUCCAAUGUGUAACAAACCUAUUGCUGGAGCACCUGAGCAACAGCAAGCAAUCGGCACACUCCUGGAUGAACUUGUUUGAUGCAUUUUAAACUUCAUACUGACGGCAGAGUCUCGGAAUAGCCAAGAAUCAAGAGUUUUCUGGAUUUUUUUUUUAAAUUGUGAUUGACUGCUGAUGAAGCCAGUGAGAGUAUGAGAGGUUCUGAGCUGAAGAGUGCCGCAGCAGUGAUGUGGCUGGAGUAAACAUUGGCAUUGUGUAUGAUUGGGAAACCUGUCUUCUGAAAGCCCUUUCAACACAUCUGCUGAGAAACAGAGCAACUUCCAGACUUGCCGCUCAGGUCUGAGUUCCUUCAUACUCAACAGCAUUGUGCUUGGUUGAUCAGUGCGUUGCUGAGCCAUACAAACCAGAUGGUUUCUCCCCCCCCCCCUCCCAUUCAUGAUCUGUGGUAACCUGGCAGAUCUCAUCUGGUCCAAAAUCUGGGGCUGCUGCAAUUGGGCACUGCCACCCAAUGAGAGAGGGCUCACACUUGGGUAUUCUAUCAUCCCCAAAGAUAUUGGUGAAAGUGUGGACAUGCUGAUCUGUCAUGCCCUCCAGAGCUAGAAAUUGUGCCAAUUCUGAUUUUCGUUCCAAGUGGAGAACUGGCCCUCUGCAUGUGUCGUAAGUUACCAUGCAAGAGCCAUGUGAAAUUCAACCUCAUUGUGAAUUGGGUUUUCAGAGGAAAUGGGAAACAUUUGCUGAGAGGCCCAAGUGCUGAACUGUUCUCAAACCAGCCAAAAUCAAUAUAGAUAGACUUGCACUGGGGCACACUGUACUUCUAAAACCCAAAGUAACAUGGAUGCUCAUUCAUCCACCCCUCUGCAUCCACCCCUCACCUGAAAUAUACCCAUUCACAUGGAGUCAAACUCUGUGGAUCCAGCAAAUCUGUGUUCCUCUGACGAUAAUAAUCCAGGAAUACUGUCACAGCAUUACAGGUUCCCAUAUUUGUGAGCUCUGACGUGUCAGAGGAAAAUUUUUGUUACCCAUUCAAUUUAAUCAUGUGUAUUGAGCUGUUGUCAAAAGUCAUGCAAUAUUGCAGAACUUCAUGCAGCCUGAUGAUUCAGAAAUAAGCCAUCACCAGCUCACCCUUUGAACUAAAGACAUAUCUCCCUUCUCUAAACGUUUUCCAAUAAACUGACCGUCAAGCAACAAAGGACAUUGAGUUAAAGGUCUCAGUCCAAGACUGUUUGAGGGAAUGGAGCUGUUAUACUGGUGUGUCUGGAAGUGCUACUCUGGGCUCAGGAUGGGAACAUGCUGUUAGAAUAGAACAGACAGAGAGUUUCACUUUGCAGUUCACUGCAACAUGGGACUCUGUGAGGGUUCUCUGAUUAUUGUGCUAAAUAUUGCACGUUUUUGUUAUUUACUGAGCACGGCUGUUUUUGUACAGAUUUUAACUAAGUGCUUUGAAUCCAUUCCUUCCUUUAAGAAGGAUUUUCUUUUAUUGUAAAAUACUUUUAAUAAAAAUAUGCCUUCAUCAU